CACACACACCUCUUCUCCAUUCAAAUGGCAAGCUCAUCAAACCCUUCUUCUUCUUCUUCUUCUUCAGCACCUCAAAAUCAAGACUCGCAUGCAUUCAAUGCGAAUGUUUCUAACUUCGUUUCUGUGAAGCUUUCCAGUGAAGGAAACUACCAUCUAUGGGAGAAGCAGAUGGGGUGCCUCCUGAAGAGCUACAAUCUCUAUGACAUUGUAUGUGAUCAAAGUACCCCAGACUUGAUCAAUACUCCACCAAACAGUCUUGUCAUGGGUUGGAUUUUCAGUACAAUCAGUGAAGAGCUACUUAACACUGUUUUUAACCUUGAAUCAGCUAAAAAAGUUUGGGACAAACUAAAAUCCAUCUACGAUCCAACUAUAACGCAUUCUACAAAAGCAGAAACAGAGACUGAAACUGGUCAAGAUGAAAGAGCGGUUCCAACAGAUACACGACCGUCUAUGGAAGAAAAAAUAUUGAAAAUAAAAGAUGAAGUCAAGGACAAAGUAGCAAAGUAUAAAAGGACGAUAAAGGAGGCUGUGGCUCUAAACCCUGAAACAGAGACUGAAACUGGUCAACAUGAAAGCGCGGUUCCAACAGAUACACGAACGUUAAUAGAAGAAAUGUUGAAAUUAAAAGAAGAAGUCAAGGGCAAAGUAACAAGGUAUGAAAAGAAGAUAAAGCAGGCUCUAGGGGGGCUAUUCAUAGAAAGAAAACCUAAAGUCCAAAUGAAAGAAGAUGAAAAGACGAAACGCAACAAGAUGUUGUGUAGUGCUAUUGUGGAAGGGAGAUGGGAUGACGUAAAAUCAAUGAUAGAUAAACAGAAAGUCGAAAUCACAGAGGCAAUCGACAGUGAUAAGAACACGAUACUUCAUCUAUUGGUUGGGAUCGGUCACAUGAACUCUUCUGUGCAUGAGGUGUUAUCAAAAAUCAAUAAAGCAGAAUUACAUGAAAUGAGAAAUAAAAAUGGAAGCACAGCCCUUCACAUUGCUGCAAUUGUCGGAAACACAGAAGGAGCAAAGCUCUUGAUUAAAAGAAACAAAAAUUUGUUGGCAACAGAAGACAAUAAACAUGAAACACCUUUGCAUAAAGCUUUUGAAAAUAUGCAUCUGGAUACCGUUGAAUAUUUGUUGAAAGCUACCAAAAAAGAUGGAAAAACCAAGGAAAACCUUAUAGAUGUAAAAGAAGGCUCCAACCUUCUUGCGAAUGCUAUUUCUGCAAAGCAGUAUGAUUUAGCAAAGGAGUUAAUUCAAAAGUAUCCUCAAUUUGCUGUGGAAGGCGAUGAGGUACUGAUGGCAAUAGCAAAAACCUUUCCGACUGGGCUAGACUAUUGGGAAACACUUAUAUAUCCAAUUCCUGAUCAUACUUUUGAAUGGAUGGUCGAGAGAGCUAGGAUAUUGUUUUAUACAUUAGUAUGGUUCCACAGAAUCCCAAUGAAAAUCAUACAGGAUAUACCUAAUAACAUGAUUUGGAGUAUUUUGAAACUCGUACAAUUCACCAUUAUAAUGGUUCCAUUAUGUGUGCUAUCAUGGAUCUGUCGCUUGAUAAUUCUCCUCUUCAUAACGAUGGUUUAUUUUCCGUUCUUUAUGUUUUAUUUUUUCAUGUGGAAGAUUUUAAUAACAGAAUGUAAAUAUAUUGAGGAUAUCGAGAAGAAACACAGGGAACCCCAAGAAGCAAAAACAGUUUUAAAAUUGGUAUGUGAUGAAAUCGAGAAUUCAGGUAAACCUCAUGAUCCUCGGAGGUAUUACGCAAGACCAGUUCAUGAAGCAGCACGUCAAGAUGCUUAUGAGGUUGUUGAUGAGAUUUUAAUGAGAUGCCCCGAAGCAAUUCGGUAUAAAGAUAAAAGUGGGUAUGACAUCAUCCAGAUAGCAGUGAUACACCGUUCAGAACAUAUCUACGAGCUUAUCAAGAUCCUUGGGGAGCGUAGGAAUGUUUAUAGAACUAUCGAAGAUUCUUCACAAAACAAUAUGUUACACUUGGUUGGAAGAUUAGCUCCCACUCAUAAACUAAAGCUGAGAACUGGUGCAGCACUACAACUACAAAGAGAGCUUCAAUGGCGUGAGGUGGUGAAGAAGAUGGUAUCUCCAGCAUACAUUACUAAAGAGAACAUUUUUAAUGAGACACCGGAUAUGGUAUUCACAAAGGAACACAAACAUUUGGUGAAGGAAGGAGAACAGUGGAUGAAAACCGUAGCAGAAUCAUGCAGCAUCACUGCAGCACUGAUUGCCACAAUCGUAUUUGCAGCAGCAAUCACAGUACCAGGUGGAAGCAACCAAGACACAGGCAUCCCUGUGUUUACAGAAAACGUUGCCUUCAAAAUCUUCGCUGUAGCAGACGCAAUCUCACUAUUCGCAUCGAGUACAGCAUUACUAAUGUUCCAGUCCAUCCUCACUGGCCGUUUUUCUGAGCAAGAUUUUCGAAUCACUUUGCCAAACCGAUUGAUUCUUGGUCUUUGCAGCUUAAUGAUAUCGACAACUGCCAUGAUGGUGGCCUUCAGCGCGACCUUGUUCUUCGUCUUUUGUCAUGGAAAACGAUGGAUGCUUGCUCCGAUAUGUGUACUAGCUUUCCUUCCGAUUGUAUCUUUUGCGAUUUUUCAAAUCCCCUUAAUGGUAGAACUCUAUCGCUCCAUAUGCGGCUACUACGAGUACAUCUUUGAAAAGGUAAGGAACAAAAACAAACCUAGAUCACUUCCGUAUGGCAUCCGACUGUUUUUUGACUAG